AUGUUUCCCUGGGAACUUCGUCCAUUGAUGGAGAUAAGGUGGCAACUAAGUCACUUAUUCCUAUUGACAAGGUCAAUAAAAGACCAGAAAGCGAAUCGUGUCUGUUAUCCAGCCAGCAGCAUCGAUAUACACCUUGGGAAUUAUCUUAGUGCAACAAAAAACUGGAUAUCACUACAGCACUUUAUUUGGCAAGUCUCAAAGGAUUCUGUAUUUGUUCAAUCUCAUAUGCGUACUCAUGUAGAGCUGAUGUGGUUGUUAAGCUCAGGCACACCGAUCAGUUGGCUUAACGAAAUGAUUCGGUUUGAAAGUGAGAAAUUAUGUAAGAAACUUUCAAUGGAAGAACAUAAAUUACAUGAAACAUUUAGCAAGAAGUUAAUAAAACUGUUGAAUAAUGAACAAAGGGGAGCUAUUGCUGACUAUUUUUGCGUCUACAAGGGUAACAACAAUAUAGUAAAUCAAAGGUUUCUCUUGUGGGUUCUGCAAUUCAUCCUUUUUCCUGAUGAAUCAAUAACCUCAGAGCUUAGAGGAAAAUGGCAAAGAUGUUAA